AUGGAUGAAGUUUCUUGCUCUGAUAGGUUACAUAGAUACUCUUUGACAAUAGAUGAUGUUAUUGCAAAUUUUGUAUAUAUACCUGAACCUUUGGAAGAGUUUUCCUUAACUCAAGAAGAAGAAACGGCGAUUAGAAAUCAGUUUGAGAGUGUUCGUAACAUUAGCAAUAAGUGUGGUACAGAUAAUAAUAUGAAUUAUAAUCAGUGCGCUAAGGUAGUGUGUAGCAAAACCUCAGCAAGCCAGCUUUGUUUGCCUCCUGGAUCUGAUGAGCCAUUAGUGGCCAGUCAUAGCGUGGAUGCCAUUAGGCCCCCAAAGGAAAGACCCACUCUACUGAUGCCUGAAAGGACUGCUGAGUCACAUCCAGAGUUUCAACAGACUGUUGACCAUAUAGACAGUGUCUUAGCAUUUGUAGCAGCAGACUGCUCGAGUUCACUUCUUCCCGAGCAGGUUAGCUGUAUUAAUGGUUCAAAGAAGCAAAAGAAGCCGAAGAAGAAACCUUCUGGAGAUGUAAGCCAGGAGGACAGCAAACAGAAAAAAAUGGAAGAGGAUAGUUCAAGUAGCACCACUGCUGGGAAAAAUACAGGUGGUGGAAAUGAAUUGAAUUGCUCUGUUAAUGAAGAUGCACAGCUGAAUAAUGGGGUAGUGGGUAUAUCUAGUGAACAUUGUCAAACUGAAGAUGCUGGAGAGAUCAGCAAGCCAAAGAAAGUUAAGAAGAGGAAGAGUGAAAACACUGGGAAAACUCAAAAUGCUCACAAAUUAUCUGACAUGUGUAGUGAAACAGGGGAAGAUGUAAUAGUUAAAAAGGCAACAGUUCAUGAGAAAGUCAAGUCUUCAAAGAAAAAGAGAACAGAUGUUCUGACUGCAGGUUGUGUUACAGAUGAGCCUAUGCGUACCGUAGACACGGUCGCUGAAGACACUGUAAAUACUCCCUCAAAGAAGGUCAUCAAUCGUAAGCACCCUACUCCAAAGAAAAAUGUCACAGAACAGAUAGUUGUUUUCCAUGCAGAUUCAGCUGUUGAUAAAGCAGGGGUGUGCCAGAAUCGGGCAGAAACAUCUGACAUUGGGGAAAGUAUUGCCUCCACAUCGGGGAGCUCAGAGCAGAAUACUCCAGUCCAUGAACCAGAGUCCAAAGAUGAAAUUUCCUCUUCAGACCUGCAAAUGACAGACAAGGAGAACCACGACACUGGGCUGGAGAGUGGAGGAGAUGAUUCAGUCAGGCGCUACAAGAGACGGCUGGACUUUGUAAAAUGUGACCAGUGUAGCCAUCAGGCACGGGGGCGGUCAGCGUUGAGCCGCCACAUGAAGAAAGUCCACAUGCUGGACGUCAUGAUGCCCUUCAGGUGUGAACGUUGUAACUACGGUAGCACGAAAAUGGCAUCCCUCAACCGGCAUCUGUUCACGCACGGCGUGUUUCCAUGCUCCAGGUGCAGCUUUGUGGCAACCGAACGGGUGAAGCUGACAGAGCACACUGCAGAGCAGCAUAAGGAUAAGCUGGAUGUCCGGAUGUGCAAGGUGUGUAACCGUUACAUCAAGUGUGACAAGACGACUAUUGAGGAACACACGCAGGAGUGUCAGGGGCCUAAGCCCUAUCAGUGCACAGAGUGUGAGAAGGAGUUCAAAUAUGCAUCAUCACUGAGGGUUCACUAUCACACCCAUUUCCCUGACCAGCCAAAGCGGUUCAAGUGUGAGCUGUGUGAUUACAGAACCAACUACAAGGCCAAUCUGCACAAGCACAACAAGAACAUGCACGCGUCCAGGGACCAUGAUGUACAGUGUCCUGAUUGUGGCAAGCUCUUCUCUACUGAAGACAACAUGAAGAGGCACAGAAAGGUUCACACACUGAACAGACCCUUCUCCUGUGGAACAUGUGAGAAAAAGUUCAAAACCUCAGGUGCUCUUAAGGGCCACCAGCUGAUCCACACGGCUACUAGACCAUAUCCGUGCAAUAUCCCGGGAUGCAGCAGAACUUUCAGGACGCCCAAGUUCCUCAAAAGUCACCAGGAGGAGUUUCAUCACCUCAUCCCCAAGAAGUUUUUCUGUUCGGUAGAAGGCUGCAAUUACUCUUUUUUCAAGCGCAGUCACCUGAAGCGGCACACUAUUACACACACUGGUGAGAGAAACUUCCACUGCACAUGGCCGGGAUGUAGCAAGUCCUUUCGGCACUCAGACAACCUCAAGGUUCACUUCCGCGCCCACACCAAUGAGAAACCAUUCCAGUGUCAUCUCUGCGAUUUCAAGUGCAAGCAGAAAAACUCACUCUUCUGGCACAAAAAGCGAGUCCACCAGCUUGUUGACUUCUCCAUUAGUCAGCGACAUAUGGAGGUCAAACUGAGACCUGGCGUGGAGCAUGACCUGAAGAAAGUCGAAGCUGCUUCUGACGUUGCUGGGGCGGAGGUUGUUCAAGCUGUACUGUCAGCUAGUGAAAAUGCAGCUGAGAUGUUUGUUUCUGAAACAGCAGCAAGUGGGGUUGGUAGAAUGAGUGAAGAAGGGGUUUGUGAUAGAGCAAUUAAAGAUCCCUCAUUAGGUUGUGCGGCAGAAAUGAAACAAGAAAUGGCUGACCUUCCUGUUCCUGUUAAGAAGAAUAUCCAAACAGUUGUGGUCACUCAAGAAGAGCAGGGAUCUUUGGAUUUGUAUGAAUUCAAAUCUGAUGAAGACUCGGAGGAUGAAACUCCUGGGAGUUUUAGGCGAGACAAAACUGCAAUGAAUGGCCUCACCCCGCUUCCUCCGCCUCCAAAAGAAUUGUUGCGUAAAAAUGAGAUUUUAGAAAUGAAAGAGAAGGAAAAGGAAGAAAAAGCCGAGAAAAAGGAGCAAGAAAGAAUAGAGAAGGCUGGUAAGAAAGAGCAAGAGAAGAAUAAAAGGGCUGAAAAGAAAAACCAGGAAAAGAAGGUGAAAGCGGAGCAAAGGGAAAUUGAGAGACAAGAGAAACUGAAAAAGAUGGAGCAGGAAAGGAAAGAGAAAAUUGCGAAGAAAGAGCUAGAAAAGAAAGAGAAAGAGGAAAAGAAAGAACUGGAGAGAAAAGAGAAACUGGAAAAGAGAGAAAUAGAUAAGAAAGAGCAAAUUGAAAAAAAUGAACUAAAAAAGAAAGAGAAAAUUGAAAAGAAACAACAGGAACUGAAAGAGAAAAUUGAAAAAAGAGAGCAAGAGCAGAGGGAAAAAGCAGAAAAAAGGGAACAUGAAAAGAUGGAGAAGAAAUUAACAUCAGCAGUUUGUACAACAAAACGAAAUAAUGAAAAAAGUGAUAAUGAUGAAGAAAAGAAAACAGAAAAUGGAAAGAAAAGUUGCUUCAGCUAUUUAACACGAAGAAAGUCACCAGUUCCAGCAGGAAGAAGUGAACCUGUAACUACUACAAGAAAACUGAAUUCAGGUAGAAAGAAGUUAUUCAGAGACGCUGUUGCAAAGUCCAUACAGGAAAAAUCAGUGAGAGUAAGGACUGAGAAGAAAACCCACGCUUCAUCUUUCAAAAAGAAAAUGCUUUCAUCAAAGAAAGGAGAAGCUAAAAAGUCACCAUUUGCCCUGAGAUCAUUGCCCGGAGCCAGAUCUGUGGCUAGAAAAAUGAAACGAGUUGCUCUGAAGAGAAAUCACAUACGGAGGUGCAAAAAGAAGGAGAAACUGAGCCCGCCGACAAGAAAACCUAGUGCUAGGAUUAAGGCUAACAGCGUUAAGACAACAACAGUAAGUAAGCCGGUGCUAAGAGAGCAGACGGCUUCCAGUUCAGGACUUCAUACAAGGAAAUCUGCAAGGAAGAAAACUGCAUUAAUGAACGCUGAAGUAGAUGAAGCAGAACUAAAGGCUCCUGAUAAUGCUGAGAUGACUGCCAGUGCCGAUGAUCAAAAUGUAAGCAAGUCGGAAGAAACUCAAGCUAUUCGGGCCAUCUCUGAUGAAAAUGAAGUUGGAUUAAAUUCCCACCCGGUUGAGAACUUGACUCCGGCUGUCAGAUCCUCUUCACCAGCAUCUUCUGAGGAAGUGAUGAUUCAAGGAAAAGCCAGCCCUUACAGAGACUUUUCUGAUUCUGAGAAUCAGGAAGAUCAUACGGCUCCUGCUAGCUCUCCUGCUCAGAAACAACCAGAAUAUAUCGAUGCUCAUAUACCGUCUGUGGCAGAAUCGGACUCAUCUGCUUCGGAGGAGAGUGACAGUGAAACUGUGGAUAAAGACAUGGGCCAAACUGCUGAAGAAUUCUCAGAUGAUGAAGUCAGCAAUGACAUCCCUCUGACUCCUCCACGGGCUCCGGCACCACCACCGAUGGAGAGCUCUGACGAUGAACUGGAGCUGGAGCCUGAGCUUACUCCAUUUUCAGUUCCGGGUCCCAGCACACCCUUUUCUGUGCCUGGGCCAAAUACCCCCUUCUCCAUCCCACCACCUACUAACCUCAUGCAGCAGCAGUCAGUGCAUUCUGAAGAUGCUCCCAUGUCGGUUUUACAGUCGGUCCCACCUGUAGAUGUACAUUCACAGGGUUCUGUAGAUAUGCAGCAAUCUUUAGAAUCAGCUGAGAUGCACCCACACGAGACUGUGGAGAUCAUGAAUUCACAUGGGUCUGUAGAUAUGCAUCAUCCUCCAGGUUCAGCAGAUUCUCAUAACUCUAUGACAGUAAGAUCACACAAGUCAGUAGAGGUGCAUUCACACGGAUCUGUAGAAAUGAUACACUCACAUGGAUCUGUUGAAAUGCUGUGCCAUGGCAGCAUCACAGAAUCUGUGCCGCAUUUGGAUCAGCAUGUGAGAACACCAGAAAGUGUCAUCAGAGACAUGGGCAGCAACCCUGACCCUGCCAAGUAUGAGCUGCCUCAUUCCUUACAGGAGCAGACGCAGACAGAUGCAGAUAAGGAAUACUUUGAUCAGUACUUAAGAAACCUUAGUGCAGCUAACAACCGAGCAGCCAUUGGCCUAGAACCUUCUCCCAAUGGCUUGCAACAUCUUGAGGCUAUGGUGUGCAAGUCACACAUGGACUCUAAGGAAAUGAGUGCCAAAUCACCAAUUAGUUGCCUACCUACCAGCGUGAUUACUAGCUUGGAGAGUCUGCCUCUGCUGACAAAUGGGGAUCUUCGGGCCAGGAUGGACUCUCUUGUGUUGGACAGACACCAUGAAUCUUUCUACACUAGAGACACACCAUCAUCAUUGUCUCGUCUGUCAGAUCAUCAAACACCGUUACCUUCAAGUGCAAUGCGCCAUUCUCCAGCCUUCGAUGCGUUUUCUUCUUUGAAUUCCCUAGCAGCAGCAACUGGAGGCAGAGAGAAUUCCUACCUCAGACAGCCAGAGAAUCUUUUCUCCACACCACCUGUCACUAGCACUUUUAUAGCCGAAGCUAUGUUUCAGCGCCAGGCAAUGGCUACACCUUUCCUCCCACCUCAACCAAGUGAAAGAAGUGGUCUUUCUCGUAUACCAGACGCUGCUCCACUACGGUCCAGCUCCUCAUCUUCAUUUCUUCGGCGACCAGGCACGGUUCCCAGCUCCGACAUGUUUUCUUCUCCUACCAUGGCGCAGAACAUGCCCAGGCAUCCUUUUGCAAAUGCAUGGACUAGCCAGGAAGUGAGUCCAGCCCAUUGGCAGUCCCCAUAUCUCGCACACCAGUCCAACAUGGCGACCACAGGUUCUUUUUUCCCCUCAAAGGACAAUUAUCUUACAGGCAGAGACUUCAUGUUUGAUCCUUCUGUUCGUCCCUCUUCAGAGAGAAGCAUGUUUUCAUCGAUAUCAUCAUCCCAGAGUCAAGAUUCCUAUCAGUUUGACCGAUUUGACCUCAGCAACUAUUUUCCUAAUGCUAUGACCCCAUAUGGAAGCUCCACUGCUUCUUUAGAGUACAGCAGGACUGCCCAUGCAGGAACCGCCAAACCAUUUGAUGAAAGAUACAGACAGACAGCAGCAUCUACAGCCAUCUCAGACUAUCGGGGUUUGCCUCCAACCGGUGGCUCAUCAGACAUGUUUCCUGGAUUUCCUGGUGUUAACUCAGGUUUCAGUCUAUAUGCAGGAAAUGCAAUGUCAUAUCAUACCCCACAUAUGACCGAGAACGUCAACAGUGCAUUCCUAACUCACUCCACAUCAGCCCAGCAUGCGAUGUUCGAAAGGAACUAUGCAGCAGCGGCUCAUAGAAGUUUUUAUCCCCAGAACACACCAUACCCUUUUGUCGAUGAGCGACAGUAUCACAGCACCUCCAAACUUGGUCAUGGGCAUCCAGUAGCUCCCACUCCUGUUCCACAGGAACGAGAUCUGAUCAGUAGAUCAGCUGCACCCGAAAGUCAGAUGCAAGAUCCGUACCGUAGCUUGCUUUAUAGAUAUUGA